CGAAGGAACGACUUCGCAGCUCUCGGCGAGAUGCAACCUCACCUGUCGUGAGCGGCGUGUAAGCGCCGCCGUGGCCGUGUCGCCUGUUCUCGACUCUUGCGACGACAGCCGGCUCCGUGUCGCUCUCCGUCGCCGCAACGUCCUGCCCGCUAUACGGUCACAGCUGGCGUGUUGUCACGCGGCCUUGCGAGACGAGCACUCGCCGACACACGUGUAGCGUAGUGUGCCAACCGUCGUCCCAACCUGUCUCGCGCUGCAUCGGUGGGCCUGUCUCGUGCCGUUUUGUUUUGUCCCACCUCUAUAGCUCUCCGCCAACUGUGUGUGUGCGUGUUUGCUUUGACGCGGCUAGCCUGCUGGUUGCGUCUCCCGACGCCCGGUACACGAGAAGACUCAUUUUUUUCCCGUGGAAGAGGUGCGUCACCGCCUCGGCAGUGACCAACAUAUAGUAUCGGCGGCGUAUCACCGUGAUUGUUUCUAUCAUUGAAACACGCCCUUCUCAUUUAUACCACCUUGCACUGGAACUCCCCAUGCCUUGUCACUCCACGGACUCGGACGUAAACCCAUCGGCGGUGCUAGUGUGGGCAGCCGCACCGUUAGCGAAGACGUACGACGCCCGCUAGAAGACGCACGAACUGACACCACGCCCGCGUGACCAAACAAGGAAGGAUCCACGGUUUGCUUACUGUGGCGACUUCGCGCGGAAGUGGGGCGACCGUAUGUGACAUAACCGUCUCUUCCGGUUGGAGGAGCGGACUCGGCUUGCUUCCGCCUUAAGAGCUUGCCAUCCUUCACUCCUUCACCGCGCCGAGUGGCCACCGACUCUGCAUCGUUGCGCGAAGGAGACAUGCGCGGACAACGCCCAUCGCCGCAGCGCUUAAAGUGACGUUUCGGCUCGCACCAAGUGCUCUCCCCCACGGGCGAAGACGCGGAGGUGCGUCUGCGUAUUUCUGAUUGGAAUAUGUACUGCGUGCUGUGUGUACACUGACACGAGAGGCUGAAGGUGGAGUUCCCGACACGAGUACUUCACUCUACUCUGGGCGUUCUCUUCUGGGUGGUUGAUGAAUGCCGGUGACCGAGCACUGCUUCGGUGCUCUCUCGGUCGUGUGGCUCCCGCAACAGCAGUUUCCUCGUACGCUUUCUCGAACAGUGGUUGGACAUUUACAUCGACGCCUAAUCCCGUCAUUGUUCCUGUAGUGACGGUAUUGUUUUAGUCGUCUAAAUCCAUUGCUACUAGCCGUGACAGCAGUGGGCAACAUUGUGCGUUCUGUCUUGUUGGCCGAAACAGUGGCGGUCUUCCGCUCCGUGAAGAUGUCAUUCGAUCACUGCGGGCUCUUCUUACAACUGCGCGUUGCAGUUCGUCUUGAAGCUUUUGCGAUGCAGAGCGACGAUGCGUUUCUCUCUGAAGACGCCGCGCUACACGCACCGCGAAGCGGGCAUUGACACGGGGUACCUUCGUGCGUGCGCGCGAGAGGUGUAUGUUUUUAAAUCGCUCAUGCUCACUUACUUUUGGUGAUUACUAAACUGGAAGUGGAAACGCCACCGCGAGGACAACGUGCUCCGCGUGUUUUUCUCAGCCGAAAAGAUGGAUUCUGUCUUCCGUUACCUCUACUAUCACCAGGACGACGACUCAACAAACCUUCAGCUGGCAGCCGAGCUGGGCAAGACGCUGUUGGAGCGGAACCAGGAGCUCGAGGAGACGGUGCGACAGCAGCAGCUGCUCAUCGAGGAACAGGAACAGGAGCUGCAGCACUUGAGUCGACAAGCGGCGAGCCUUCGGGAGGUGAAUGAAUCUCGGCUCAAGAUCUACGAGCAGUUGGAGCAGAAUGUGGCUGAGCUGGAGAAAAGCAACCAGCGGCUGCAGCAGGAAUCGCGUGCCGACAAGAAGCGCAUACGCAGCCUCAGCACGAGCGUGGACGUGCUUGAGAAGAAGUGCGAAGAGCUCCAGGAGCUUGCCGACCAUCUGCGGCUCAGCCUGAGACCCAGGGAUCAGCAAGAGGACACUGACGAACCUGUUACAGCUUGUCACCAGAACACACCACUAGAGGACACACCCAACACAGACCACAUAGUGCCUUCAGGGAGCCCCAGUGGAGACACCGAUUUUCUUGGCUUUGAGGAGAGCCCUUUUGGUACAGAGCUGGUGCGUCUGCGCUGCUCUUUGUCACGGCUCAAGUGCCAGCUGUCCAAGGAACAAGAUACUCGGGAGGAACUCCAGGCUGAGGUAGACAACCUGGUUCAGGAAAACAUGAGGCUACAAGAAGAAGUGCUAGCAUCUCAAGAAAGGGAGCACCAGUGUCUUAACCUCCAGAUGGAGAUGGACAUCCUCGAAGAUGACAAGCGCCUGUGCUCAAACUGCAGGCUGCUAAAUAGGCUGGAGCGCUGCGAGGAGCCCGAGGAAGAGCUUGCAGAACUCGACCACUUUUCCAUGGUUCAACUUAAGGAUGGCCUUGUGGUUUACGGGGACCAAGACAGCUUACCCGAUGUUGUUGAUUCACGACCUGUCAAUCAGAGCCAAGAUGCCGAAAGCCAGGUGUCGCUACUGAGUGAACUGGAUGCACAGUACCGCCUCCUUAUUGACAAAUACGAAGCACUGCUAGAUGCACGAUGCCGGUCGCUGGGUUUAGAUGGGCCAGUCACAGAAUCCACCUGGGCUGACACCAAGGCUGCCAGUCCUGUCUCGGCUGUGAAGAAGAACGACUACCCAUCGCUUUCAACAGGAAGUGAUGCAGAGUCGGCAGAAUCUGGUGAGGUGUCACUCUCCUCUGGCUUCUCAGAAAUGACUACAGAACGAGUAUUCACCGACCAGGCUGUUCAAACUGACACAGCAUCAGCUGAAGCGAGAAGGCAGUUGGCUUUAGAUUUAACUGCAAUCAAAAACCAAGGUUGCAAUGACCCACUGGGGCAGCAUUUUUCACACAGCCCGCCGGAAUACAAAAAGUUGUUCGCUGAGAUCUUUGCAGUGCUGAAGCGGACAGUGACGGAUGGGGCCAUCGUAGAAAAGGCCGACUUGUCGCCCGCUGCAGAAACGGCGAUAGUGGCUUCCUGUUGCAAGGCGGCUGCAACUGCUAGAUCUUCGAGUCCAAAAGCAAGCCGCACACCACCACCGCGCAAGUUGAACACCCACUUGGACAUUAGUAAACUAUGUGACGUGGCACCAGGACCAGCCUGCCCAACAGAGGAGGUCAAGUAUCGUCUGCCAGGUGGCAUCACCUAUGCCGAAGCGGUUCGAAGGGGUCGGCUAAUGCGCAAGGGGACCACGGAGCGCAGAACAGUGAGGAAGUGAAAAUGUGGGACUUUGCAGCACUGCUUCAAAAAGGAUUUGUGAGGGAGGCCGUCUUUUAAAUCAUUUCGUUUUUAAGCUCUCAGGACGAGAAAUCAAAGUGAGAAGAGAAAGAACAUAUUGUGCAGGCGCAGCGCCAAAAUUAAAUUUUGGUGCACCAACAGAGUGACCACAAUAGAUGGAUUGAAGCAUUGGGCACAGAAAAAGUCAAGCAGAAUGCUUUGUAGAUAGUGUUUUCACAUGUGUUUUAAACAUAGGCCCUUUAUAAGUAAAUGUGAAAAGUAAUUUAAUAUUUUAUUUGCAUAGCGCACCUCAGCAAUGUUACAGUUAAAGUGGAUUCGGUGAACACUGUUGUGUGCAAUGUGAAGAAUAUCGCUCAACCUUACGUACGAGUCUGUUAUUACUAAGUCAUCUUUGUGUACCAUUGUGUACGUAGAUUAUUAAAGUGUUCAGCCUACUGUAAAAACUUCAGGCAGGACUCUUAUGCUAUUCUUUACAUUAUUAAUACAGGGCGUAAAAGGUCACCGUGCACCACAGAUAUCUACCCCGAGUCAGCCAUAGGCAUUGGGCAGCAAACAUAGAAAUGACUAGCUCACUUUAUGCUUAGUUUUUAAUUCUCUCAUUUGGGCAGGAAAAAGCUUUGAUUGCAUGGUUAACCUUAACUUCCUUUCUCACUGCACCGGUGAUUACAUGAAUGAUAUCAUGAGUGGCAAAGAGGUUGUAGUUUUUGUACUCAACUUUCUUCAGGUAUUUAUGUAUGCUAUCUUUACUUUUGCUGGUUCUUCUCCCGUUUUUUUUUUGGCUGCACUGUGCUUUGUUAGUCACGUUGGAAUUUGUUGUGCUCAAGAAUGUGGCACAAUAGGGGUCAUGCUGCAUGACGACUUUGAUACUCUUUCAUUUAUAAGUGGCAACAUCUACAUAGAAGUGAAAGAUUUGAGGGCAGCUUGUUCAUUCCGAUUAUUCAUGUAUUAAGUUCAAUCUUGACUCAUUUACAGCAGAUUUGUUGAACAUCUCAGACAGCAAUUACUGCCAUUUGAUUUGUUUGCUGACUGUUUUGAAGUUUUAAAAACACUCAUAUUUACACGAGUUCAAGGAAUCUCUCGUGACAACACAUGUUGGGGCAGAACGCAAUGCAUUCCUUGUUGGUUUUCUAGGCCGAGCACCUGUGGCUAGGAUGUUAUGAUUGUUAGUUCCUAAGGCACAGGUAUUUAAAGAAAAGGUACCAAAAGUAGUAUUAUGUGGCUAGCAUAUAUGCCACCUUUUUUGACCAUGUGAAACACUGGUUGCUGUUUGUGUACAUAAAACAGAAGAAGCAUCUGUAUGUUCAUGAAAACAACAAUGGGAACAUGUAUGUGUAAAUAUAAUAGGUUUGUGAAUGCUUCUAAAAAGUCCCAGAGUGCCAAUGCAGGAUUUGCCAAGCAUACUUUUGUUUGAUGCAAAGUUGAAGUGUGUGCAUUAUAUCAAAGUUGUACUUUUGUCAUUGUUUCAAAGCAUAUCCACCUUUUUUUAAGGUGCAGGAAUCGGACAUGUACAAACACAUGUAAACCGUGUAAAUCUUGAAAAUAAAGCUAUACAACAUUUUAA